AUGUCCUUUGUUAAAAACCUGUUGUUUGGAGGUGUGAAGACGAGUGAGGACCCCACAGGCGUAACAGACAAUGGAAACGGGGCCCAAAAAAGCCAAGAGAGUGAGCCUAUUGUUGAAGGAAGGUUUUUUCCAAGAACACUCUACAAAUUUAACGGCCAUGAUGACGAGAAGAUUUUCUUAGCCAUAAAGGGCAAGGUCUUCGACUGUACGCAGGGCAGACAGUUUUAUGGUCCAAGCGGACCUUACUCCAACUUCGCAGGUCAUGACGCUUCGAGAGGAUUGGCUACAAAUUCUUUUGAUCUUGAUGUUUUGAAACACUGGGAUCAGCCCAUGGACGAUCUAUCUGGUUUAGGAAAGCAGGAGCUGGAUGCCUUAGACAGCUGGCUCGAACAUUUUCAAAAGAAGUACCCAUGCAUUGGGACUUUGGUACCAGAGCCUGGUGUAAAUAUUUAA